GUGGUGGAUGGGUAAGGUUCGCGAUCACGUCUACCUUCACCUUCACGUAUCUACCUAGACGCACAACAUGGCCACUUGCCACGAAUAACGCCGUAGGCCGCGCCUCUCCUCUCCGCUCCUCACAGUCCCGACAACAGCAUCUCCCACCGCACAGUAGCAAUGCGCCUCCUCGCAGCAACCUCCCCGCCCGCCCUACACGUCUCGCGCCCAACACGCAGCACCGUCUCCUUCACCGCGACGACGCGGCCACCAGCGCGCACACUGACAGCGCGCACGCUCUUGCACCUCUCGCAUGGCGUGCGCGCCGCGGUCGGCCUGCUCAUCCUCGCGCUGUUCUGGGCCAAAUGGCGCGCCUUUUUCCCCUUGGAAGAGAUGGUGGGCGCGGAGCAGGAAGCCGCGUUCGAGCAUGCGCUGCAACGGCGCGUCCUCAGUAGCGCUGUGGGCACGGCGCUGAUGUGGUGUGUGGAACGCUGCGAUUGGCGCGGCUUACUGGUUGGGGGUGUGGGUGGGCUUUGGGGCGUUUUGAGACGGGGGUAUACUGGUAUGUUUGUUUGUUUGUUUGCUUUUUUCCAUCUUCCUCUCCUUCUGCUGCUGCUGGGUAAGGUGGGGCGCUUGUGCUGAUGCUGCGUGCAGAGGAGUCGUUGCUCGUGCUGCGUGGGUUGGGUAUUCAGACGUCGAGCUCGUCGCCUACGUAUCUUUCGACGGCGACGACGCGCUUUAUUCCUACGGCGUCUAUACAGGACAUCUUCAUACACGAGGCGUUCAAGGGGUUUGAAGUUAGGUUUUAUUUGGCUAUUGUGGUGGAAGGGGAGGAAGAUGCUGUGGUGGUCUUCCCCG